AUGAGUACAACUAAGAUUGAUAGAGCAUCAGUAGUUGGAGAUGCUAUUGAAUACAUCAAAGAGCUGAUUAGGACAGUGAAUGAGCUAAAAAUCCUGGUGGAGAAGAAGAGAUGUGGCAGGGACAGGAGCAAGAGGCACAAGACAGAAGAUGUUGGUUCUGGAGAUGUAGAGAGUUGUAACAUAAAGCCCACUGGUGGUGAUCAAGACCAGUCCUAUAGUGGUUCAUCAUUAAGGAGCUCGAGGCUUCAGAGGAAGUCCAAGAACACGGAGGUCAAUGUUCGUAUCAUCGACGAUGAAGUAACCAUCAAGGUUGUUCAGCAAAAAAGAAUUAAUUGCCUGAUGUUCGUGUCAAAGGUCCUCGACAAGCUCCAGUUGGAUCAGCACCAUGUUGUCGGUGGCCACAUUGGCGAUUACUACAGCUAUUUGUUCAACACCAAGAUAUGUGAAGGUUCAUCAGUGUAUGCUAGUGCAAUUGCCAACAAACUUAUUGAGGUUGUGGACAGACAGUGUGCAGCUAUUCCACCAACUAGCAGCUAUUAG